AUGUCUCGCAUGUCCUCUGAAGCAUCAUGGAACCUAUUCAGUCCUCUAAUGACUGAGUACUCCUCCAUUGUCAACCUUAUCUCUCUUGUCUGUCUCGGUUUAGGUCUCAUGUUAUUCGUUCCCGUCAUUCUUCUUGUGAUAUUCGACUUUGUUCUUUGGAUGUGGAGGAACAUCUGUAACGAUAAUCCUCCACCGACUGACGAGCCCGAUACUGUUGUCACUACGAACCCACAUGCUGCGGCGAUAGCAACAGGAAUAGAUAAAGCAUCACUUUAA